AUGCCUGUGCACCCUGAAGGAGUUGAAAGUUUUCCUGGACAAUUGCCAUCAGCUUAUAUCUCUGCUUGGUUUCUGUUUCCUAAAGACUUUCUUAAAAUGUCUGACAUGAAGCAAAGAAAGAAAGCUGUUCCUUCAUCGAAGCACAACGAAGAUCCACAAAAGCAGAGCAAUGAUGGAACGAUCUCAAGUCCCAGGAGCGGCAGCAAUAGUCGGAAUUCCUUUUGGAUAGACUCACGGACAGUCUUAAACCUACUUUCCCUUGUUGCUUGUCUACUGCUGACCUGGUUCCUAUUUCAGCAGUCAGGCCAACUUGCUCACAUGGAAAAAAAGUAUCAUUUAUUACAGCUGGAAGCUGGAAAAUGCCAGGAUAUGGAAAAUAAAGUUAACUUAAUUUCUGAAAAGCUUGAGUCUUCCGAAAGUAUCCUGCAGGAAGCUACCUCAUCCAUCUCUAUGAUGACCCAGUUUGAGCAGGAAGUGUCCACUCUCCGUAACAUCAUACAGGACAUUCAGAACAGUGAGCAGACAUUCUCUGAAAAGAUGCAAAGCAUUAAUGACACAUUCCAAAAUGCUAUGGACUCCUGGAAAAGAAGCCUAGAUGAAAUGAAUGCAAACACUAGUAGUUUAAAAUCUGAAGCAAAGUUCAUACAUACUGGAGUUACGGCCCAAAUAAAUACUGCUGAUCAAAAUAUGAAGUCUCUUUCAGAAAGGUUAAAAGAUUUAGAAGACAGUACAAUAAGAAAUAUUAAAACAUUAAAAAGACAGGAAGAAGAUGAACUUUCUAGAGUUGAACAGCAGCUGGAGUUGGAUACAAAGACAGUUGAAAAAUUAGAAGAAGAGCAGAAUACUUUGUUAGCCAGAGACAUAGAGUUGAGUCAGAAGCUUACAGACUACGAACCAAAAGUUGAGGAAUGCAAGACCCACUUGCCAACAAUUGAAAAUGCCGUUCAGUCUAUUCUUAGAGUAUCAAGUGAGCUGAUAGGUAUAGAGAAAAAAAUGGAAGACUUGACAAUACAGAUGUUUACGAUGGAAGAUGAGAUGCUAAAAACAGUGUCAAAUAUAAUGGAAAUGCAAACGGUUCUUGAAAGCAUGCAGUAUGACAACAGCAUAUUAAAACUGCAAAAUGAAUUAAUUGUUUUAAAAGAAAAAGUAUUUGACAUUACAGUAUCUUCAAAUACAAGAGAAGUAGUACCUUUAGAAUACAAUCUAGAAAAUGAACAGAGUGAGGGUGAUGAUCAAUGA